GGAAGAGGGCAACCGGGUCCAGUGCCUGCCCGGGAGGACGGGGUGCCUUCUGAGCCGGACGCGAACUCUGCCCAGCACCCCCCAGUGCUUGCAAACUGGCAGCCACCCGUCUCUCACUGCCCCGGCUCAGGCUCUCGUCCUAACGUACUACCCCGUGUCUGGGACGCGGAGGCCAGGGCGCUCUGUUGACAGCUGUCAGGCUGUCAUCGACUCCCGAGCCUCGGCACUCCCCGGUCUGCGUCAUUGCGUACCGGUCAUUAGGUUCUUCCUAACAUCUAGGAAUUGUAGAGCAGGGCCACUCGAAUACCAUAUGGCGUCUAGUACGUGCUGCCGUUUAGCUCGAUGAGAGAAAGGGAAAGUUAAGGAUGCUGGAGCAGAACAAUGGAUUUCUCUUUCUCUUUCAUGCAAGGGAUCAUGGGAAACACAAUUCAGCAACCACCUCAACUCAUUGACUCGGCCAACAUCCGCCAGGAGGAUGCCUUUGAUAACAACAGUGACAUUGUUGAAGAUGGUGGCCCGACACCCUUCGAAGCUACUUUGCAACAAGGUUUUCAAUAUCCACCUGCAACAGAAGACCUUCCUCCACUCACAAAUGGCUACCCACCAUCCAUCAGCUUGUAUGAAACUCAAACCAAAUACCCGCCAUAUAACCAGUAUCCCAAUGGGUCAGCCAACGGUUUUGGUGCAGUUAGAAACUUUAGUCCUACUGACUAUUACCAUUCAGAAAUUCCAAACACAAGACCACAUGAAAUUCUGGAAAAACCGUCUCCCCCACAGCCGCCACCUCCUCCUCCUCCUCCUCCUCCUCCGGUACCACAAACUGUGAUUCCAAAGAAGACAGGCUCACCCGAGAUUAAACUAAAAAUAACCAAAACUAUCCAGAAUGGCAGGGAAUUGUUUGAGUCCUCCCUCUGUGGAGACCUUUUAAACGAAGUACAGGCCAGUGAGCACUUAAAGUCAAAGCAUGAAAGCAGAAAGGAAAAGAGAAAAAAAAGCAGCAGACACGAGUCAUCGAGAUCCGAAGAGCGCAAGUCACACAAGGUCCCCAAGUUAGAGCCAGAGGGGCAGAAUAGACCAAAUGAGAGGGUGGACACUGCACCAGAAAAGCCAAGAGAAGAGCCAGUGCUCAAAGAGGCCGUCCCGGUUCAGCCAAUACUGUCUUCUGUUCCAACAACAGAAACGUCCACUGGUGUUAAGUUCCAGGUUGGUGAUCUUGUUUGGUCCAAGGUGGGAACCUAUCCUUGGUGGCCUUGUAUGGUUUCAAGUGAUCCCCAGCUUGAGGUCCAUACCAAAAUUAAUACAAGAGGUGCCCGGGAGUAUCAUGUCCAGUUUUUUAGCAACCAGCCAGAGAGGGCAUGGGUUCAUGAGAAGCGGGUACGGGAGUAUAAAGGUCACGAACAGUAUGAAGAGUUACUAGCAGAGGCAGCCAAACAAGCCAGCAACCAUUCUGAAAAGCAAAAGAUUCGGAAACCCAGGCCUCAGAGAGAACGCGCCCAGUGGGAUAUUGGCAUUGCUCACGCAGAGAAAGCAUUGCAGAUGACGCGAGAGGAAAGGGUAGAACAGUACACGUUCAUCUAUAUCGAUAAGCAGCCAGAAGAGUCUCCAUCCCAAGCAAAGAAGAAUGUUACCUCUAAGGCGGAAGUCAAGAAACCCCGAAGACCAAGAUCUGUGGCGAACAGUCAGCCAGAACAGACCAGUGCUGGGGAGGUGGCUUCCCCACAGUCGAGUACUGACCCUCGCAGGCAGAGCCAGAGGCGGCACACCAGUGUGGAAGAGGACGGGCCACCUCCCGUUAAAAUAGCCUGGAGAACAGCCGCCGCCAGGAAGUCCUUACCAGCUUCCAUCACAAUGCACAAGGGGAGCCUAGAUCUGCACAAGUGUAAUAUGUCUCCAGUUGUGAAAAUUGAACAAGUGUUUGCUCUCCAGAAUGCAACAGGAGAUGGGAAGUUUAUUGAUCAGUUUGUUUAUUCAACGAAGGGAAUUGGUAACAAAACAGAAAUAAGUGUCAGGGGGCAAGACAGGCUUAUAAUCUCUUCACCAAGUCAGAGAAACGAGAAGUCGACUCCGAGCGCGUCACCUCCGGAGGCCACAUCUGGUUCUGCAGGCCCAGUAGAAAAGAAGCAGCAGAGAAGAUCAAUCAGGACUCGGUCUGAGUCAGAGAAAUCCACCGAGGUUGUGCCAAAGAAGAAGAUCAAAAAGGAGCAGGUUGAAACAUCUCCUCAGGCUUCCCUGAAGACCGGAUUACAGAAAGGUGCCAGCGAGAUUUCAGAUUCCUGUAAACCUCUAAAGAAAAGGAGUCGCGCCUCGACCGAUAUGGAAACGGCCAGUUGCACGUACAGAGACACAUCUGACUCCGAUUCCAGAGGACCGAGUGAUGGGCAGGUAGGCUUUGGAAAACAAGUAGAUAGCCCGUCAGCGGCUGCCGAUGCAGAUGCUUCUGACGCACAGUCGGUGGACUCGAGCCUGUCACGGAGAGGCGUCGGCCUGAGCAAGAAGGACACUGUGUGUCAGGUCUGUGAGAACACUGGAGACUCUCUCGUCGCUUGUGAGGGGGAAUGCUGCAGACACUUUCACCCGGAGUGCGUGGGGCUGGCUGCGGUCCCUGAGGGACGCUUCACCUGUGAGGAGUGUGAGACUGGGCAGCACCCAUGUUUUUCAUGUAAAGUGUCUGGUAAGGAUGUGAAACGUUGUUCCGUUAGUGUUUGUGGAAAGUUUUAUCAUGAAGCCUGUGUCCGCAAAUUCCCCACUGCCAUCUUUGAGUCAAAAGGAUUCCGCUGUCCCCAGCACUGUUGUUCUUCCUGCUCCAUGGAGAAGGACAUCCACAAAGCGAGCAAAGGCCGGAUGAUGAAGUGCUUGAGAUGCCCAAUCGCCUACCACUUUGGAGAUGCGUGUGUCGCUGCUGGAAGUGUAUCUGUGUCCUCCCACAUUCUCAUCUGUAGUAACCAUUCCAAGCGGAGUAGUCAUUCUGCUGCUAUAAACGUAGGCUUUUGUUUCGUUUGUGCCAGAGGGCUGAUAGUUCAGGACCAUUCAGACCCCAUGUUCAGUUCCUAUGCCUAUAAAUCCCACUACCUACUGAGUGAAUCAAACCGUGCUGAGUUGAUGAAAUUACCUAUGAUUCCUUCUUCGUCAGCUUCCAAAAAGAGAUAUGAGAAAGGUGGAAGAUUGCUCUGCUGUGAAUCGUGCCCUGCUUCCUUCCACCCAGAAUGCCUGAGCAUAGACAUGCCCGAAGGCUGCUGGAAUUGCAAUGACUGUAGAGCUGGCAAGAAGCUGCAUUACAAACAGAUUGUUUGGGUCAAAUUGGGAAAUUACAGAUGGUGGCCUGCAGAGACCUGCAGUCCCAGGUCUGUGCCGUUGAACAUCCAGGGCCUUAAGCAUGGCUUGGGGGACUUCCCUGUGUUCUUCUUUGGUUCUCAUGACUACUACUGGGUCCACCAAGGCAGAGUGUUCCCUUAUGUUGAAGGAGACAAAAAUUUUGCUGAGGGACAGACUAGCAUUAACAAGACCUUCAAAAAAGCACUGGAAGAAGCUGCAAAACGUUUCCAGGAGUUGAAAGCGCAGCGAGAGAGUAAGGAGGCUUUGGAGAUAGAGAAAACCUCAAGAAAACCCCCUCCCUACAAACACAUCAAGGCCAACAAAGUCAUAGGGAAGGUGCAGAUCCAGGUGGCUGACCUGUCGGAGAUCCCGCGCUGUAACUGCAAGCCUGGUGAUGAAAACCCAUGUGGCCUGGAGUCGGAGUGUCUAAACAGAAUGUCACAGUACGAGUGUCACCCGCAGGUGUGUCCUGCUGGGGACCGCUGUCAGAACCAGUGCUUUACAAAGAGGCUGUACCCCGAUGCAGAGAUCAUCAAAACUGAGCGGAGAGGAUGGGGCCUCAGAACCAAAAGAAGUAUUAAAAAGGGGGAAUUUGUAAACGAAUAUGUCGGUGAACUAAUCGACGAGGAAGAGUGCAGACUUCGAAUCAAGCGAGCCCACGAGAACAGUGUAACUAAUUUUUAUAUGUUAACUGUUACCAAGGACCGUAUAAUUGAUGCUGGACCAAAGGGAAAUUAUUCUCGUUUCAUGAACCACAGUUGUAAUCCAAACUGUGAGACACAGAAGUGGACCGUGAAUGGAGAUGUCCGAGUCGGGCUGUUCGCUCUUUGUGACAUCCCUGCAGGGAUGGAGUUAACAUUUAAUUACAACUUGGACUGUCUGGGCAAUGGCAGGACCGUAUGCCACUGCGGAGCGGACAACUGCAGUGGUUUCCUAGGAGUGCGGCCAAAGUCUGCAUGUACGUCAGCAGCUGACGAGAAGACAAAAAAUGCCAAGUUAAAGAAGAGGCGGAGAGGCAAAGCGGAGGCCAAGCAAAUCCAUGAGGAUUACUGUUUUCAGUGUGGGGAUGGUGGAGAGUUGGUCAUGUGUGACAAAAAAGACUGUCCCAAAGCGUACCACCUCCUAUGCCUUAACCUGACUCAGCCACCCUACGGAAAGUGGGAGUGCCCGUGGCAUCAGUGUGACGAGUGUGGCAGUGCAGCCGUUUCCUUCUGUGAAUUCUGUCCACACUCCUUCUGUAAGGCUCAUGAGAAGGGGGCUCUGGUACCCUCUGCACUAGAAGGUCGUCUCUGCUGCUCCAACCACGACCCUGCAUCUCCUGUGUCACCGGAACACUGGAGCAAGAUGAGGUGUAAAUGGGAAUCCCAAGAUGGUGGGGAAGAAGUAAAGGAGUGAGAGGUGACUUCCUUCCCUGCAGCUCGCAGUCCCAGAGGCAACAGAGCACGCACUGUGCUUGCCGCCAUCCACACCGCCUUCUAACCGAUGGGAGCUGGCUCACACAGGCUAAAGCACGGUGGUGUUUCCUGUUGUGUUGUUUGGGGGAUGAUUUGUGGACAGCAGAAUUCCCUUGGUCUUCUCUUGCCUAUUAUUGUGCUUCAGUGUCUUUGCAGUCAGCAAGAGGUGUCCUCGUUCUUGGAGUCGAGAGAAAGUUAAAAGAACGUUUUGUCGAUAAGAUCGGCGUAAAGCCUGAAAUGUAAAUCCUGGGUUGUGUAAAGCGAAAGCAGCCACUCCUGUAUUUAUUUCCUUUUUUUAGGAAUUCUGAGAAGUGUAGUUGAAACAAUCUAACCUCUGUGAGUGUGCGUGCGUGCGUGCGUGCGUGCGUGACUACCUUUAUAUACCUCUUCACUGAGCCGUAGAUUGGCUAACUUCUCUUUCCCUUUUCACAUGCCUUUUCUCGUCAGAGAAGGCUCUCAGCAAGUAUUCAGACUGGCCUCUUGGAAACAAACUGCUUGACAGCAUUUACCUCUGUGGUGGGCUUCACAGUGCGCCAACUCUACCUAGAAGCAUCCUGUAGGGAAAAGGAAUGAGUGCACUCACUCAUUGUGAAAUGUCACCCGUUCACAGACUUUUCUGAUACAUUUGAGGGACAUGGAUGCACAGGAAAAUGCUCCUUUCUGCUCCUUACCACUGGGAAGGGGCUAAGAAAGAUUAAGGCACAGACCAAAAGUUGGGUCACAUAUGCACCAUUUUCUGACCAGUUUAAUGUAGACUCCAGACUAACCUGGAACUUAAGGGCAUUUUAGUUUCUGUCUUUCCCUCUGCCGACCCCGUUCCCUUGCAGGCUGGGUCACUCAGUCCUGCUUUCUGGCAAAGCUAUGUAAUUGAAUCUGAAUUAUAUUUUAAUAGACUUUCUCAGUUGAUUUCCUAACUUAGGGAUGGUGCAAGUGGACAGAAACAUCCCCAAGUUAUAUGUGAACAAUUUCUACUUAGUAUUAUGCAAUACUUAAGAUUGUCCCCAUUGCCUAAGGGGAAGAAGUUGCUCUUUCACAGGGUAUGUAGGAGCCACAGAGGCGCUCCUGUUAGAAAGCACUUGAAAACGCCCCCCAGAAAGUCAGUGUUUGCAAACAUGGCUGUGACGUUUGAAUAGUACAGACCCAGCAUACCAAGGUGUCUGCCCACAGAAUUCACUUGCAUCUAGCACUUAGGAAUAUAUCUAUUCCAGUAUUACUUGUCUGAAAUCAUGGUGGACAUGGUGACAUUAGACUAAAUGGCAGUCUGGUGUUACCAUGAAACAUGAACUUUCUCAGUGAGUUCUAACUGCUUACUGGAGGUACCCAGUAGGACUUAUUCUCCUUAAGAACCGAGUACUUUACUAGUGUAGGAGAUGCUCUACGACACCCUGAGGUUGUGUUAGGUGUGUCUGAUCCUUUCUUAAUUUUAUACAAGUCAAUUCAGACCUCUUCUCUGAACAAAAGAAAGAGCAAUUUUUGUGCCUCUUUUUAAAAUAUAUAUAAAUGUGCAAUUUAUAGGCAACAAACACUACAGUUCCUCUCUCUAAGCUCCUAAACUGCCAUUUUCCUAGUUGUAGCAAUUCUAGUAGUUCUGCUGGUUGGACAGGCUCCGUGAGGAGGGAGGCGGGGUGGAACAGCAUCUAGUGAGUGCCGUCACCACGACUGGAGUGAGGCACUGCCCACACAAACACUAAAGCAAUUAUGAAGUUUGAUGUCCUUUAAAAAAAUAAUGUAAGAGUAUCUGGGUUUUAUCAUAUUAAAUUUUAUUUUAUACAGACAUGAUAACAUUUUUUAAACUCCUUAAUAAGGGACUUCUUUGAUACUCCAAAUGUAACCCUUAUGAGAACAAUAUCCGAUGUGAGAUUGUAUCUUCUUUCCUUUUUGACCUCAUGCUUUUUAGUAUCUGAUAACUUUUAUAGAGUAAGCCCCAGGGUGCAUCAUGUAUUUAUAAAUACCUUACCCCGACCUGUCUCUGUUCUGCUGCUCUGGGAUGGCUUACUUGUGUUUAUAUCCAUAGAAGGGUUUGCACUUCCCAAGUCUGUUCUUGCUAAACGGCUCAUAGGUUUGCUCCCAGAAGCACUCAUGCUCCAAACUUGCCUUUGCUGUGCCAGUGCAAGGGUUUCUUCCUGUGCCAUUGUGGCCUGGGUCUUAGAAUGGAGUGUUAAGAAAACAGAAAGUGUACAUACACUGUCCUUUCAUGUCCUAUGUCAGUGACAUUCCAAAAGGCACUGUGCUUACAGAGUCUGAAGCUGGUAGUUGUUAGCUUUGAAAUAUGAUUUUGGUAUACAGUAUUUGUGGUCGAUUUUAUUCAGCCCAGAAAUCAAGGACUUAAAGCAACAUGGGAUAAUAGUGGUAUUUCCUAACCUCAGGAGGAAGAUGAGAUUCUGAUUAUCAGUGUAAAGCUUUAGAAGGUUGGCCAGAAAGAGCUAGAAAUGAUAGUGCCAGGUCAGCAUAGGCUGUGCCUUGGAGGCCUCACUCAGCUGCCAGUGUAGCUGUCUGUGCCUGGCUGCUUAGGACAGGGCCAAAGCUCUUCACUACCCGUGUGCCGCAGCCACCGCUGACUUGAGUCAAGCCAUCUUGAGUAAGGCUUGGAGAGCAGAGGGGAGUAGGGUUAUCUUCACUUGCUCUGCGAGCCCUACUCUAUUUUUAAUUCUCAAAAAUGACCUUUCCUAAGCUGUAGAAUAGACUGAGUUUUCUGUGUGUUAUAUAAUUAACAUUAUAUAUGUACAUAUAUAAUGUUUUAUUUAUAUAUAUAUGAGAUACACACACACACACACACACACACACACACACACACACACACACACACAAAGUAGGAAGUAUUUGAAACUAAAGACCUAAGAAGGGCCCUGCAGCCCGCUGCUUUCUGUCAGUGUCUCUCGAGCAGUGUUUGCAGAAGUGUGUGUAGGUGAUGUGGAUCUGAGAUUCUGAGGCGCUCUCCGUCUGCUUAUCUGAAGUACUCGGGGACUGGUAGGCAGCUUCUCUGCAGUAGUUCCUGUUCUGAGCACGUUCUUACAGGAUGUGUUCUGUCAGGGUCAAAGCCAGACUAGUUUGAAAUCCUAACAUUCUCUGUUCAGAACAUAGUGCCUGGCUCUCCAGGAGCCGCUGUCAAGACAACACUCAUCUUGCCUUCGUCCCCACAGAGUUAAGAUGCUGCCAGCCAGGUACCACGUCCUGAUGGGAGAGGAAAACAAGUUGCCUUUGUCUCUGAGCUCUAACAACUUGCAGUGUCUCUGUUCCUCAGGAGAUGACAAGGCUUUGCUUUAUUUCUAGACUUGAGUUGCUUUUCACUGCAUCCGACCACCCCAUACUCUGCCAAGUUGCUAAGGGCAGCACCGGAAGUGAUGGGUGGCGAGGUCCUUCAAAGGAGCGCCCACACUUGGUCUCUGCUUAUAUUCAUAACAGAACGGUUACAAAAAAGGGUUGGUCCAUUUUCAGAUGGACCAACAGGACGAAUGUAGACCGCUCUGCAGUGGGUUAGCAAAUACAGAAAGCUGGGCAUUUGUAUGAACUGAAAUAUCACAGUUUUGACCUCGGGGAGGUACUGGAAAUCUUGGGAGAAAGGGAGGGAAAGGCACACUAUAGUUCCUGUGACACUGAGACCCCUGCCCCAUUGAUUUCAGGUUCCUCAAGUACUUGGGACUUCAGAUUCUCAUUUUACAUUUUAUAUUUUUAAAAUUAUGAAGUAGAAAGCAUCAUUCUGUAUCCUGUCAAAAAUGAAGUCUCCCGACGGGAGCAUAGACCUCUGAGGAAGGGGCUCCUGCAUGAGCUGUGAGCAGCAGUUUUAGAAGUGAUUUCCCUAGUUUUUGUUUUGCUUUUUUCCCCUAUUGUUUGCCUCAUCCCCGAGUACCUCUUCUUUCUGUUUAACAUGUGCCUGUGUGGGGAGGAGGGGAGCAUUUAUGUUAUUUCCCUGAAAUGCUUUGUAUAACCUGUUUCAAAACCCAUUUCUGCUGGGCAUGGUUGCACAGGCCUUUAACCCUAGCACUGCAGAAGCAGAGGCAGCCAUACUCUGUGAGUUCAAGGCCUACGUAAUGAGUUCCCAAUCAGCCAGGGCUAUGGAGAGAGACCUUGUCUCAAAGGAAGAAAAAGAAAAAAAUUGUUUGGCUUUUGUCAAUCCAUUGCACAAGUGGCAGAUGUGAGCACUUGUAUCUGUGUGGGGGAAGGGGAAAAAGGAUCACUUGUCCUUCAGUAGGCUCCCAAAGUCAUUAACGUGUACGUUAAAGGGUAAAUAGAAGUUGCCAAAGUCAGUAUUCGGUCCUUGGUUUUCUUGUGACUUCACUGCGUCUGCUAAGAACUGAGAAGCCUUCCUUACCUGCUGACUGGUCCUGCUGGUGUGCAGUGGCUUUUACCUGUCUGCCAGUUUGCUCAAUGGGGUCUUCUCUGUCAGCUGAAAGCAGUGAGGGAAAUUACACUUUUGUUGUUGGUUAACAUCUCAUAUUUUGUACCCUAUGGUAACUGUGUUGCUGCCAAUAACCAAGAUGCUAAAUGAUUACUGCUGGCUAAAAGACCUUUUUAUAUACAAAACGUGUGUAUUUUCAACUGAUAUGGCAAGUUCAUGUGUGUCCAUUUGAAUAUUACACAAUAAACACAUACUGUGGAUUCCAUCUUCACUUUGUGUUCUUUGAAUAACGUCCUUGAGAUUGUUUACAUCUGUGUUUACCUGUAAUGAACUCUGUGGACCUGUGAAAUAUCCAAGUGUCAACAUCCACUAGUCAGUCUCUUUAGCUUCUGUGACUUGGAGCUCCUAACACUAAGGGAUUAGUGUUCGUUUUCCCCAGGGGUAUUUGACUAGGGCAUUACUGUUUAAUGACUUCAAGACAUAUUUUAAGGACUUUGUUUAUUGACCAAUGUCUUAUUGCAAAGUAUGAGCCUACCAGUCGUGGUUACCCUGUACAGAGAUAGCUGUUAACUAGUCGAAGUGUAUGUGAGAUCGCUUGUAACAUUUAAGCUGCUUUCUGAUGUGUGCUGGUGGGACAGUUUUUGUACACUGUAUUUACUGGAACUUUGCCUUUUUAAUCUUACAGAUACUUUAGAAUUCAAAUAUGUUUUCUGCUUCUGUAAGAAUGUGGGAAAGCUUUUAAUAAUGGCAUUCCAAAUUGAUUUCAGGUCUUGCUUGAGGUUGACUUUAAUAAAUUGUCCUGUAUGGUCUA